AUGAAAUCAACAGAAAAAUCGAUUAAUGAUGUGGAAAAAAAGUUUAUUGAAUUAUCUAAGAAAUUAAAAGAAAUUCGUGAAGAAAAUGAAUUUAAUGAACUUGAUUUAAAUCAUUUUCAAUUACAACUAAAACAAAUUACAAAAGAAUUUGUCACACCAUCAAAUAUUUCUGUUCGACAAGAUCCACAAGAAUUUAUCAAGAAAAUUUCAGUUAUUUCAUCGUUUGAUUCUUAUCAAUCAAAUCAUUCUACAAUUAGUACAGCAACUAUUUCAAAGAAUCCAAUAACAACAAAUCAAAUAUCAACUCAAUCUCAGAUAAAACAAAAAACAAUUCAAAUAAAAAAGAAUAGAUUUCAACAAUUUCCAGCGACUGUUGCUGGACGAAUUGAAAUUGAAAAAGGACAUGAAUUAAAUCAACUCUCGGAUCCUCUAGGGAUCUUUAUCGAUGAUGAUAAAUCAGUUUAUAUUGCUGACUCUUAUAAUCAUCGUAUUGUUAAAUGGAAACUGAAUUCAUAUGGUGGUCAAAUCAUUGUUGGUGGAAAUCAAAAUAAUCAAUUGAAUUAUCCAACAAAUAUAAUUUUUGAUAAAAAAAAUAAUUCUUUUAUUAUCUCGGAAUGGGGAAACAAACGAGUAAUUCGAUGUUUUGAUCAAACUCAACAAACGAUUAUUUCAAAUAUUAGAUGUACUGGUCUAACAAUUGAUAAAAAUGGAUUUAUCUAUGUUUCUGAUUGGGACAAUCAUGAAAAUCAUCGUGUAAUGAAAUGGAGAAAAGAUGCAAAAGAAGGAAUUAUUGUUGCUGGUGGAAAUGGUCAAGGAAAUAGUCUCAAACAGUUGUCUUCUCCUCAAGGAGUCUUUGCUGAUCAUUCUGGCCAAAUCUAUGUAGCAGAUGAAGGAAAUAAUCGGAUAAUGCGUUGGUGUGAAAGAGAUAAAGAAGGUGAAAUUGUUGUUAGUACAAAUGUUCAAGGAAAUCAAUUGAAUUGUCCCACAGGUUUAUCAUUUGAUAAUGACGAAAAUCUUUAUGUUGUUGAUUGUAAUAAUCAUCGAGUUCUAAAAUAUAAAAAAAUUUGA